AUGUUACCUCUAAAACGGAUCAGUAAACUACGAACUGCGUUUAUAAGACUAAAAUCAACCAAUAUUCCAGAUAAUGCGCCAACUUUAAUGGAGAAUGAAGAAUGGUUGGGCACAUUAGAUGAUAAUGCAGAAUUAAACCAUGAUGCAAAUGUAGAGACAAAAAAUUUAAUAUUUGAUAAGCAUGUUACAAAGAAUGAACGAUUCCCCAUAAAGAUUAUUUCUACUCCACCUGAAACCAAAUACAUCAAAGUUCAAUCGCCAAUUGCCAAUUUUACAUCAAUAAAUUAUUUAAGACAAUAUAAUAAACAUAAUCAUACUCAGGGAAACUUUGUAGAUGUUAGAAUUAUACAGUGUAGAAGUGGUAAUGGUGGUAAUGGGUGUGUAUCAUUUUUGAGGGAUGCAAAUAGGAGAGUUGGUCCUCCAGAUGGUGGUGAUGGUGGUGACGGUGGAUCUAUAUACGUUCAGGCGGUUGAAGGAAUGAAUUCCCUGUCGAAAUUGAAGACAAAAUAUAUUGCUGGAGAUGGACAAGCAGGUGCCGCCACUCAACUAGAUGGUAGUCGUGGUAAAAACAUUUUGAUUACUGUUCCGAAGGGAACUGUUGUUCGUUGGUGCAUGGAUCCCAAGACUGUAAGGACCCUUGUUGAUACAGAAAUAAAAAACGACGGUACACGAUCACUAAAAGAUAUAUUACGAGAGACUGAAAUCGAUAUCGAUUGUUAUGGUCGUUCAAGAGAAGAUAAAAAACCAAAAUAUAUACAACUAUUUAGGGAACAGUAUGAGACUGGUGAAGGGUGGUUAUUCAAGGAUAAGACAAAGGAUUACCAUGAGGUUAAGGAUUGGUUUAAGAAAUUGAACCGUAAUGUUACCCAAUAUGAUAGAAGUCUAAAUGUUGAGGAAGCUUCAAAGGAUAAGAUUCCAUUAUAUGGUAUUGAUUUGGAUGAAAUCACAGAUAAGCCAGUGUGUUUAUUAGAAGGUGGUAAAGGUGGGUUAGGAAAUAUGCAUUUUUUAACUAGUGUUAUCCGUAAUCCACGUUUUGCAAAAAUUGGAAGAAAAAGUCUUGAAAGUUAUUUCAUGUUUGAAUUAAAAUCCAUUGCAGACCUGGGAUUAGUAGGUUUCCCUAAUGCAGGUAAGUCAACCAUUCUUAACAAGAUAUCCAAUGCUACUCCAAGAAUUGGAAGUUGGGAAUUCACUACCUUACGUCCAACAAUAGGGACAAUCAUGAGAGGUCCUGGAGAAAAGACAUUUACCGUUGCAGACAUACCAGGUAUUAUUGAAGGAGCUCAUUUAGAUAGAGGCAUGGGUUUAGAAUUUUUGAAACAUAUCGAAAGGUCUAAAGGUUGGGUUUUUGUCAUUGGUCUAAAUGAACCGGAUCCCUUAGGGACUUUAAAGAUAUUAAUCAAUGAAGUUGGUGGAUUAGAUAAAGUAAAGACCAAGAAUAUACUUGUUGUUUGUAACAAAGCAGAUAUUGAUGCGAAUAAUCCUGAGUCCAUGAAUAAAUAUAUGAAAAUUCAAGAUUUUGCAGAAUUACAAGGUUGGGAUAGUAUUCCUAUCAGCGCAAUUAACGAAGAAAACAUCGAUGUUCUUGUAGAUAAAAUGGCCCAUUGCGCAAAUAGUGAUACCUAA